UUUAUGUCCCAUGGGAUUGCCAAGCAUCUUUCUUGCUGGAUUUCAUCUCGCAUCCUAGUGUAUUUUAAGGAGUUACAGGCUGAUUCCCAUGGCUCUAUAAACCACAGGGAUCCAAGGACUUCUUCCUUCCGUGCCGCUGUCUCUCCGACCUGUCCAUGAUGGGGCGAGAGCAGGAGCUGAUUCAGGCCGUGAAAAACGGGGAUGUACCUGGCGUGCAGAAACUGGUGGCCAAGAUCAAAGCGUCCAAGAGCAAGCUCCUGGGAUCUGCCAAACGCCUCAACGUGAACUACCAGGAUGCGGACGGGUUCUCAGCUCUGCACCAUGCGGCCCUGGGCGGCAGCCUGGAGCUCCUCGCCCUGCUCCUGGACGCGCAGGCCACCGUGGACAUCAAGGACAGCAACGGUAAGGGCGUCCCCUGCACCCCUGCCCGGCCCUGCACGCCCGAGGCCUCAGAGAUGCUGCUCCAGCACCAGUCCAACCCCUGUCUCGUCAACAAGGCCAAGAAGACCCCCCUGGACCUGGCCUGCGAGUUCGGGCGGCUGAAGGUGGCCCAGCUGCUGCUGAACAGCCACCUGUGCGUCGCCCUCCUGGAGGGCCAGUCUAAGGACGCCGCCGACCCCAACUACACCACCCCGCUGCACCACGCGGCCAAGAACGGCCACAAGGAGAUCAUCAGGCAGCUGCUGAAAGCCGGGAUCGAGAUCAACAAGCAGACGAAGACGGGCACGGCCCUGCACGAGGCCGCGCUCUACGGCAAGACCGAGGUGGUGCGCUUGCUGCUGGAGGGCGGCGUGGACGUGAACAUCAGGAACACCUACAACCAGACGGCCCUGGACAUCGUGAACCAGUUCACCACCUCACACGCCAGCAAGGACAUCAAGCAGCUACUGAGAGAGGCAUCAGGAAUCCUGAAGGUCCGAGCUUUAAAGGAUUUCUGGAACCUGCACGACCCAACUGCUCUCAACGUGCGGGCAGGAGAUGUCAUCACGGUCUUGGAGCAGCACCCGGACGGGCGGUGGAAGGGACAUAUCCACGAUGCUCAGAAAGGCACCGAUCGAGUCGGAUACUUCCCCCCCUCCAUCGCCGAAGUCAUCAGCAAGCGCACAGCAGGAGACAGGAACAGCGUGGGCAGCGAGGCAUCGGCAGCAUCCGCAGCGCCGGCAGCGGCCAGAGCACCGAGGGCACCAACGGGCAGAGCACCAGCAUCCUCAUCGAGAGCCAGGCCGCUGCCCUCCGCCAGCGAUGACCUCCAGCAGCAGCUCGUGGGAUCGGAGCCCCGCAACGGGCAGCUCGGCUCCACGGCAGGGCCACUGGGGCACCAGAGCCCUGGCAGCUGCCCCCCUGGAGACAAGGUUUUCUCCCACCAGUUCCUGCGCCCUGAGCAGCUCCUCGAGGGGAAGGACGCAGAAGCCAUUUACAACUGGCUGCGGGAGUUCCAGCUGGAGUCUUACACUGCCAACUUCCUCAACGCCGGCUACGACGUCCCCACCAUCAGCCGCAUGACUCCCGAGGACCUCACGGCCAUCGGUGUCACCAAACCGGGACACAGGAAGAAGAUCUCCACUGAGAUCGGGCAGCUCAGCAUCGCCGAGUGGCUGCCCAGCUACAUCCCGGCUGACCUGAUGGACUGGCUCAGC